AUGUAUCUCAACGAGAGAUUGGCCGACGUUCAUUUCAAGUUCAAAGUAGAUGAUGAAGUUCAAAGGGUUCCAGCAAACAAAAGUGUAUUGGCAGCUCUAAACCCGGUAUUUGAUACGAUGUUCUUUAGAUCGUUGCCAGAGAAAGGAGACGUUCCCAUUCCCGAUGCGGAUGCCGAUGGAUUCAAGGAAUUUCUCCGGGUGUUCUACCUGGGUGAGGUGACAUUAACCAUGGAAAAUAUCGAGACCGUUGUUCGUUUGGCCGACAAAUACGAUGUCCUCGAACAUGUCAAUGCAUGUGCCGUGUUUCUCAAAGGUCAAUUGACAUUGGAUAUUAUAUGCUGGGGCUAUCAGUUAGCUGUGAAUCUCGAAAAUGAAGAAUUGAUCGAAUAUUGUGAGGAGAAAAUCAUCAAAUCGCCGAAGGGUGUCUUCGUCACCGACGCAUUCAAACGCUGUGACAAAAGUAUUUUGAAGCGAAUUUUCGAGCUGGGUUUGAUUUGCGAGGAAACCAAUGUAUUCGAUGCCUGUUUGACGUGGGCCAAAUACGCAUGCGAACAAGAUGAUUUGGAUGCAACACAAGCGGUGAAUUUGAGAACUCAACUCGGCGAUUGCUUGAAGUUAAUUCGAUUUGGCCUCAUGAAAAUUGAAGAAUUUAGUAAACGUUAUGUAUUGCAUAAAGGGCUGGGCUAUUUACAAUGGAAGAGCUUGAAGAUAUUAUGCUUUCAUUGA